AUGUGGGGUGAUUUUGGACAAAGGCCUACGCUUUUACGGUGUGCUGGGAUAUAGUACUACAACUACACACGCGAGGUGAGCUCGCUCAUGCAUGUCUGUCUCUCACCAGUUCAAUUCACGCGUCACUUCGUCGCCACGUGCAUGUGCAGAUGUGCGUUCGAUCUGCGCAAACCAAACUAACUACGGAGAGGACGCUCUAGAGAUCGCUUGCCUUACCUGUGCUGUCCUGUGGCGGAGGGCAAUUCUUGUCUGUCGUUCUUCUUACAAGUAGUCAUCACUGAUCCACCUGCUAAUUAACCCCGUCCACCCACCUACGAUGACGUCGCUAUACUACGCCUACCACCCUCUGGAGUUGUUGGACAUGGUGGAGAGCAGAUUUGACGAGAAGAAGGCCAUUCCGUGGAUGAACGCUCGCUGGCACUGGUCCUUCUAUUUCUCGGCCCUCUACCUCCUCUUCAUCUGGUGGGGCUUGCGCUACAUGAAGAACAAGAAGCCCUUCAAUCUCCGUCGAGCGCUCUGCAUGUGGAGUACACUGCUCGCGACCUUCAGUGUCUUUGCGAUCAUAAGGAUCUCUUCCCUGGCGCCCCAGAUGGUCUAUUUAGGAGGUUGGCGCCACGCCUUCUGCGACACGUGGGCCUACACCGGCAGCCAGCGCUGUGGAAUAUGGGCCUUCCUCUUCCCCUUCUCCAAACUGCCCGAACUAGUCGACACUGUCUUCAUCGUACUUCGCAAACAGAAACUGAGUUUCCUCCAUGUCUUCCACCACGUGAGUGUGUUCAUAUACUGCUGGUAUAGCUACGCCUACCCCAUUUCCACUGGAGUAUGGUUUGGGAUCGUUAACCUCACAGUCCAUGGCAUCAUGUACACAUACUACGCCGUGAAGGCCAGCGGUCGCUACCCUCCUCGGUGGGUUGCCAAGGUGAUCACCACCAUUCAACUGUCGCAGAUGUUUGUCGGAAUCUUCAUCAAUUACAUUGGGAUUACAUCACUCAUCUCGGGGAAGACUUGCCGUACUUCUUGGUUCGACGUGGGGCUAUCGAUAUUCUUCUAUGUUUCUUACGCUGUUCUGUUUGCCAAUUUCUUCUACUGGGCCUAUAUACACCCAAAACCACAGAAGAAAGACAACUUUUCAAUUACCACUUCGAAUGGUGCACCCCUUGCUUAUCAACCCCAGACAAAGGUCGUUACUAACGGACACAUUCCAAGACAGACCAAUGGAACUGUACAUUGAGGGAUUUCCCCUCUAGCCUUAUAGUCAGGUUUUUGGUGCACAAUACAUAAUGUAUGCUGUGGUGGUAAUAUUGCUGGUAACCUAUGUAAUUGAUUAGAAUUUUUAAUCAAAUGGAGA